AUGUCGGACUCCCUUUCUGACGCGGACAAGAUCCGCAACAAGCGUCUGGCAAAGCUCUCAAACCCGACUCCAUCUUCCUCAACCGAUGAUGCCUCCGAAUCGCCAUCGCAGAACCCUCCCUCCCCCUCCCCCUCACAGUCGCCAUUGCCCCCUCAGCCGCAGCAGAGCGCCCCAGAACCCGCCGCUCCGACACCCCCGCAGACCGAAGGGAAACGGAUCAAGAUCAACCCAGCCGCACCAACGCCCGAGCGACCCCGCUCUACCGCGCUGUCCGCCUCGGGUACCCCGCCGCCGCAGAAGACCGAGAGCAUCGAGGCGUUCGAGGACCGAACAUUGAGCGCUGUGUUCAAGCUGACUCUGAAGGAGGAGGGCCAGCGCGAUGCCUACGGACAGCGGACCUACCUCCCCGGGUUGCGGGGUGAGUUGGAGAGCGAGGGCCAGGAGCUGCGCAUCCAGACGGCUGUCUUGGACCAGGCGUUGCUAGAAGCCGCCUCCAAGGCUGAGCGACAGCGCCCGCUCGAUUAUCUUCUCCCGUGUUGGAAGCGCAUCACGAAGCUUCACAAGGGGUUCCGCCGGGCUCGAGAUGACGAUCCUAAGUUCCUGGUGCUGUGUGAGGCACGACGCCUGUGCAUGAGUUAUGCUGUGUUUGCCAUUACAAUGCCGGAAAUGUUUGGGCUCGACUCCCCUGAGCGAUCACCGUUGGCUCCGUAUCUGCUGCUGGACCCUGAAGAUGACAAGGGGGUUGAUUUCGAGUUUAUCAGCGAGGCUGUUCGGAGAUUCGACGAAGACGAAAGCAUCAAGCCCGCUUUUAUUACGGCUGUUGAGGAACUAAGCACCGAGCUCUCUUCCAAGGACAUUAAUGACGACUACAAGCCCUAUGCAACAGCACUGCGAAACCUUGUUCGCCAUGCAUCCAUUGCGGCCGCUAUCACAGAGUCGUCUAUCUUCAAUGCGUCAAGAGACCCUGCCCAGUUUGAAAAGGCCACGCUUUUGGGUCCCUGGUUCCGCCUGUCGCCGCUGCAGGGCAACGUGACCAUGUCGUAUUUCUCGAGCCCCAAGACCCGCGACCAAGCAUAUAUUCUGAACGCGCAACGCUCCCUUCGCAUGACCCAACAGAUCCUCAGUUCCGACCUUCUUGAUGUUAUCAACCACAUGAUCCGAGCCUCGAAAGAAGCGCGGGACAGGGUCCUUGACUGGUUUGCAGCGGCUCUGAACAUUAACCACAAGCGACGUGCGAUGCAGGUCGAUCCAGAGCAGGUAUCGUCGGACGGAUUCAUGUUUAAUCUUACGACGUGUCUGGACCAGCUUUGUGAGCCUUUCAUGGACGCAACAUUCACCAAGAUCGACAGGAUCGACUCCGAAUAUCUCCAUCGGGACUCGCGGGUGGACAUGCGGGACGAGACAAAGAUCAACGCGGAUCAGCAUGCUUCGGACAAGUUUUAUUCCAAAAAAGUCGACGGGGCCUCUAAUUUUAUUACUGAAAUCUUCUUCUUAACUGUUGCCGCUCAUCACUAUGGCAGCGAAUCAUUGACCUCCAAAAUGGAGCAACUGGAGAAGGAUCUGCGCCACAUGGAAUCAACAAUCAACAAGUUCGAGCUGGAGCGGCACCGGUGGGCUGGCAACCCGAUGCAGCUUCGGGUGUUUGAACAGGCGCUCAAGAAAUACAAAGACAAGCUAGACCUGGGCCUGGCCUUGAAGUACAGUCUUCAGGGUGUGCUGUUUGAUGAUCAAUGGCAGGCUCGUUCGAUGAUGUUCAUGCGAUAUGUCACCGUCUGGCUGCUUCGGCUCGUCUCCGGGGUGAAUUUCCCCAAGGAACAGAUCAAGCUGCCUCUCCCCGAGCAGCAGCCGGAGGUGUUCCAAUGUCUACCAGAGUAUUUCCUGGAUGACAUUGUUAGCAACUUCAAGUUUAUCAUGUGGUGCAUGCCGCAAAUCAUUACCGCCACCCAGGGUGAUGAGUUGGUUAUGCUGUGCAUCACGUUCCUGGAGAGCUCCAGCUACAUCAAGAACCCGUAUCUUAAAGCUGGUCUUGUGUCCAUCCUCUUCCGAGGAACAUGGAAUCGCCCUGGCGGCGCCCGCGGUGUUCUGGUGGACCUGCUCAACUCGAUGCCUUUUGCCAACGACCAUCUCCUCCACGCGGUCAUGAAAUUCUAUAUCGAGGCAGAAUACAUGGGCACGCACACCCAGUUCUACGACAAGUUCAACAUCCGGUUCGAAAUCUUCCAGAUCAUCAAGUGCAUCUGGCCAAAUCCCCUUUACCGAGAGAAGUUGUCCAACCAAGCCAACCAGAACCUAGACUUCUUCGUCCGGUUCGUCAACCUGCUUCUGAAUGAUGUGACCUAUGUGCUGGAUGAGUCUUUCGGCGCGUUCAAAACUAUCAACAACACGCAGCUGGAGCUCAGCCGCGAGGGCAGCUCGAUGGAUCCCAACACACGUCAACAACGAGAGGAGCAUUUGUCGUCGGCCCAGCGCAGUGCCAAAUCCUACAUGCAGCUGACCAAUGAAACCGUGGCCAUGCUCAAGCUCUUUACUCACGCCCUGGCCGACUCUUUUACAAUGCCGGAGAUUGUUCAGCGUCUGGCCGAUAUGUUGGACUACAACCUGGAUGCCAUGGUGGGGCCCAAGAGCUCCAGCCUGCGGGUCAACAACCUGCAGGAGUAUGGGUUCAACCCGCGAGCGCUUCUUAGUGAGAUCACAGAUGUGUAUCUCAAUCUGAUGAACAAGGAAAAUUUCGUCCUCGCGGUUGCGCGUGACGGGCGGUCUUAUAAACCGGCUAAUUUCGAAAAAGCCGCGGAGAUCCUGCGCAAGUGGUCGUUGAAAUCCCCCGAGGAAUUCCAGCGCUGGGGUCAGUUGCGGAAGAAGGUUGAGGAGGCCAAGGCGGCUGACGAACAGGCCGAGGAGGAUCUCGGCGAGGUGCCGGAUGAUUUCCUGGAUCCUCUGAUGUACACCCUGAUGGAAGACCCGGUCAUUCUCCCCAACUCGCGGAUGUCCAUCGACCGCGCCACUAUUCGCUCGCAUCUUCUCAGCGACCCGCAUGACCCGUUUAACCGUGUUCCAUUGAAGAUGGAAGACGUGGUGCCCGACACCGAGCUCAAAGCCAAGAUCGAAGCCUUUAAAGCGGAGCGAACGAGCGGUAGGAAAGAAAUGGCACCAGCGGACGCGAUGGACACAAGUUGA